AUGGCCGAGCGCCUACUCCAGGCUUCCCGGCAACGCCGAGUGAAAGCCAUGACGGCCGCCGCAGGUUCGGCGGGCCGCGCCGCGGUGUCCCUACUGCUGUGCGCGCUGCUGGUACCCGGCGGCGCGUACGUGCUGGACGACUCCGACGGGCUGGGCCGGGAGUUCGAUGGCAUCGGCGCUGUCAGCGGCGGCGGGGCAACCUCCCGACUUCUAGUAAAUUAUCCAGAGCCCUAUCGUUCUCAAAUAUUGGAUUAUCUCUUUAAGCCAAACUUCGGUGCCUCUUUGCAUAUUCUAAAAGUCGAAAUAGGUGGUGAUGGGCAGACAACAGAUGGUACCGAACCCUCCCACAUGCACUAUGCAUUAGAUGAGAAUUAUUUCCGAGGAUAUGAGUGGUGGUUAAUGAAGGAAGCUAAGAAGCGGAACCCUAAUAUUAUACUCAUGGGCUUGCCGUGGUCGUUCCCUGGAUGGCUGGGAAAAGGUUUCAACUGGCCUUAUGUGAAUCUUCAGCUGACUGCCUAUUAUGUCAUCACCUGGAUUGUGGGCGCCAAGCAUUAUCAUGAUUUGGAUAUUGAUUAUAUUGGGAUUUGGAACGAGAGGUCAUUUGACAUCAAUUAUAUCAAGGUGUUAAGAAGAAUGCUGAACUAUCAAGGUCUCAAUCAAGUGAAAAUCAUAGCGAGUGACAAUCUCUGGGAGCCCAUUUCUGCUUCUAUGUUGCUCGACUCUGAGCUCUUGGAGGUGAUUGAUGUUAUAGGAGCUCAUUAUCCUGGGACCCACAUAGUAAAGGAUGCGAAGCUGACUAAGAAGAAGCUUUGGUCCUCUGAAGAUUUUAGCACUGUAAAUAGUGAUGUGGGUGCAGGUUGCUUGGGCCGCAUAUUGAAUCAGAAUUAUAUCAACGGCUGCAUGACUGCUCUUCUAGACAUUUACAUUUUGAUCACAAGCUCUUUUGGCAUUUAUCUUUUAUCAAACCAACCUUUUAGCACAAUUGCUUGGAAUUUGGUGGCUAGUUACUAUGAACAGUUGCCUUACGGACGAUGUGGAUUGAUGACUGCUCAGGAGCCAUGGAGUGGGCACUAUGUAGUAGAGUCUCCUAUCUGGGUAUCAGCUCAUACCACUCAGUUUACUCAACCAGGUUGGUAUUACCUGAAGACAGUUGGUCACUUAGAGAAAGGAGGAAGCUACGUGGCUCUGACUGAUGGCCUAGGUAACCUCACCAUCAUCAUUGAAACUAUGAGCCAUAAACGUUCUAAGUGUAUACGGCCGUUUCUGCCUUACUUCAAUGUGUCACAUCAGUUUGCUACCUUUGUUCUUAAAGGUUCUUUUAGUGAAAUACCAGAGCUACAGGUGUGGUAUACGAAGCUUGGAAAACCAUCUACGAGAUUUCUUUUUAAACAACUGGAUUCUCUAUGGCUUCUUGACAGCAGUGGCACCUUCUCCCUGGAGCUGCAGGAGGACGAGCUCUUCACGCUCACCACUCUCACAACCGGGGGCAAGGGCAGCUACCCGCUGCCUCCGAAGUCCCAGCCCUUCCCACGAAUUUAUAAAGAUGAUUUUGAUGUUGAUUACCCAUUUUUUAGUGAAGCUCCGAAUUUUGCUGAUCAGACUGGCGUCUUUGAAUACUUUACGAACAUUGAAGACCCUGGAGAGCAUCGCUUCACACUACGCCAAGUUCUCAAUCAGCGGCCCAUUACUUGGGCUGCUGAUGCAUACAACACCAUCAGUAUUAUAGGAGAUUACAAAUGGUCCAAUCUGACUGUAACGUGUGAUGUUUACAUAGAGACUCCUGAGAAGGGAGGCGUGUUCAUUGCCGGAAGAGUAAACAAAGGUGGUAUCUUGAUUAGAGGCGCCAGAGGAGUUUUCUUCUGGAUUUUUGCAAAUGGAACCUACAGAGUUACAGGUGAUCUAGCUGGAUGGAUCAUAUAUGCUUUAGGACAUGUUGACGUUACAGCAAAAACUUGGUAUACACUCAGAUUAAUUAUUAAGGGCCGGUUCUCCUCUGGCAUGCUGAACGGCAGGUAUGUCUGGACGAAUAUCCCUGUGAGUUUCCCGAAGAAUGGCUGGGCCGCCAUUGGAACUCACUCCUUUGAAUUUGCACAGUUUGACAACUUUCAUGUGGAAGCCACAAGCUAAUAUUCACGGAGCACCAUAGAACCACUCUGGAUUUUCUUUCUUUCUGGUUUUGGUUGAGAGCCAGUUCUUUUGAUGGAUCAAUAUAUGAGCCUCUUGGAGGCUAACAAUAGUGAAGAAUAAAUGGGGAGAGAAAUACAUGUUUGCUUGAUCUUCUGGAAGAUAUUUUUAGAACUAAUGCCCAGGGAAACCAAUGAAUCUUGAACAUGACCUGAUAUGUCCCCUAAAAUUCAAGCUGUGCAGCGGUCCUCUUGUGAGGCAUGGUUUGGGUGGUUCACACCUCGAAGCCUUGGCGUUGAUGCUGAGGUGGCUUUCUCCAUCGCACGCGCAAGGGAUCGUGUGGACGGCAGUAACCCAAUCAUCACAGAGACCGACUGUGUGUCUGAGUGAGCGGAUGGCCUGGUCCGGAGGUCACACCACACCGUAGGGAGCUGAAGAACACUGGAAGUGCUGCUUUUUGAAAACCACUUCAACACAUUAAUCUUAACACUCUAAAGAGUAUUUUGUCUUUUCCUUUUUACGAUGAUGCUUUUGAAUUAUAGAUAUGAUGAGUGGAUGAUUGCAAAAAUGCCUCACUAAUAAACUACCUCUAAAGCUAGUCCUGCAGUAAUCAAUAUGAGCAGAUUAAUUGGGUUAUCUGCAGUUAUUAAUUCUUUUAAAUCUGACCUUUAGUCUUGUAACCCUUAAGACCCUCUGAACAUUUCCCCAGGUGGCUGGAAGGAGGAAGAAAAUCCCACAUAGCCAGUGCUUUCCGUGGGUCUACAGAUGAAGCUGGAGCAAUUUUCUUGUGUAUCAUGUCAUGGUGCCUCUUGUGGCCUUCUUGUGUGCCGCUGGUCAUGGACUAACACAGCUAAUGCGUUCUCUUAUCUUUGUGCGUGGAAGAAGGGGCACGCUAAGCUUCUGCUAGUUCAUAGAAUUGGAUCAUCCUUUAAUAUUUGGUAUGAUUAGAUGCAUUUAUUUCAUGAAAGUACAAAUGUGUUUAUAUUUGAGUGUGGGGAGCGUAUUUCUCAUGCAGUAUAAUUUGUAUCUAAGCAUUAGUGGACCUCCUAGAAACAACUCCAUUGUUUAUGUCGAUAAAGUAAAUUCUGGAAUUUUCUAAAAUGAAAGUUCAAAACUUCACUGGACUAAUACUAGAAUUUUGGUAUUUGUAAUGGUUUAACAUAGGCUAAACUGAAUGAAGUUUUGUAUUUCUAUUAAAGACAAAAAGCUCAAUAUUAGAAUACAUCAGAUUAUAGAGAAAAAUUUUUAAUUAAAACCAAGUCUAAGUGAUUUCCACUUCAGGUCUCUACAGAUUUUUUAAGUUAGCUUUAUUGUGGUAUAAUUUACAUACAAUAAAAUGUUCCCAUUUUAAGUAUACAGUUAAAUGAGUCUUGAUAAGUGGAUACACCCACAAAACCAACACCCCAACCAAGCUAUGGAACAUUUCCAUUACCCCAGAAAGUUCUUGUGUUGCACCUGUGCAAUAAUAUCUUCUCACCUGCCCCCAUCUCAGAUUUCUGUUGCUCCUGAUAAGUUUUCAUUGUUCUAAAACAUUAUAGAAGUGGCAUCAUACACUGUGUACUCUUUUGUGAAUGGUUUCUUUCAUUCAGCAUAAUGCUUUUGAGAUUUGUCUAUGUUGCUAUGUAUAUCAAUGGUUUGCUCCUUAUUUCAAAGAAUAUUCCGAUUAAACCACAAUUUGUCAUCCUCUUCCCUCACUUUUUGGAAUUACAAAUAAAUCUGUUACGAACAUUU